CACAAACUUCUGUACGGUAUGUCGUCUGCAUCUUCAUUCUUCAGCUCGGUUCGGUGCCAGUAUUGGCUCGCGAUCCUAGCCAUGCUUUGUGUUGGCCUCAACUUCACAACCUUUGUCUCUCUUGUGGGCCAAUGCCCAAGCUCGUUGUCUCUGGCUUUGGACCACGCUCACGCCGACUCCCACGCCUUCCAGCUGUUCGAACUUGUUUCUAACAGCACCCAACGAGGCAGGGUUAGCCUUCCCUACCCGAGGCUCUUUUAGAGUUGUCUUGAGUCCCCUUCUCGAGCUCAAUCGUCUCGACGUUGUGGACUGCGGUCCUCCAAACGCAAAAUCAGCUGAAGCUUGCACAAUUGCAGAUUAAGGGACCAAAGCUAACAGAUUUGUCACUUGAAAUAGCCCAUACAGAUUGUUCGUAUCU